CUUUUCAUGGGUUGGGACUCAAAACAGGACUAAUCUAGGUUGAGUAUUAGCAACUAAAAACAGUUGCGGCCGUCAAGAAGAGAGACAUUGGUUGUGAAUGAAAUAAGGUACCCCGUAGCCGAAGAUCGAAAAUAGCUUGACAGUAAGCCAUCUGACAAAAUGUGGGGGAGCGGGGGAUUGCGUCCCCAUUGUGUGUUGUUGGUGAGUUUGUUCGUGUGGACUGAUGCGGUGCCCAUCAGUGUCGACAAAACGAAAAUAACCCCCCCGGAAGAGAAGGUCCAGGAGGCGCCUCAGAGCGUGGACACUGGAUUGCACUAUGACCGCUACCUCAGGGAAGUCAUCGAUUUCCUGGAAAAAGACCAGCACUUCAGAGAAAAGCUCCACAACACGGACAUGGAAGACAUAAAGCAGGGGAAGCUGGCCAAGGAGCUGGACUUCGUCAGCCAUCACGUCAGAACCAAACUAGACGAGCUGAAGAGACAGGAAGUGAGCAGACUGAGGACGCUGAUCAAAGCCAAGCAGGACCUGGAGGGAGGGAAAGGCAUGGCUGUAGACCACCAGGCCCUCCUCAAGCAGUUUGAGUACCUCAACCACAUGAACCCGCACACCUUCGAGGUGGAGGACCUGGACCGACUCAUCAAAUCGGCGACCAGCGACCUGGAGAACUACGACAAGGAGCGGCACGAGGAGUUCAAGCGCUACGAGAUGAUGAAGGAGCACGAGCGGCGGGAGCACCUGAAGACGCUGGACGAGGAGGGGAGGAGGAGGGAGGAGGAGCACUACGAGGAGCUGAAGAAGAAGCACGCCGACCACCCCAAAAUCAACCACCCGGGCAGUCAGGACCAGCUGAAGGAGGUGUGGGAGGAGGCAGACGGUCUGGACCCCGAAGACUUCGACCCCAAAACCUUCUUCAACCUGCAUGACACAAACGGCGAUGGUUUCUUUGACGAGCAGGAGCUGGAGGCGCUGUUCACCAAGGAGCUGGAGAAGAUCUACGACCCCACCAACGAGGAGGACGACAUGCUGGAGAUGGAGGAGGAGAGGCUGAGGAUGAGGGAGCACGUCAUGAACGAGGUGGAUACCGAUAAGGACCGGCUGGUCUCCAAAGAAGAGUUCCUGGUCGCUACCAAGAAGAAGGAGUUUCUGGAGCCAGAGAGCUGGGAGACGCUGGAGCAGAACCAGGCCUACACGGAGGAGGAGAUGAGGGAGUUUGAGGAGCACCUGGCACGGGAGGAGCAGGACCUGAAGCAGAAGGCUGACGACCUGCAGAAGCAGAAGGAGGAGCUGGAGAGGCAGCAGGACCAGCUCAACGCCCAAAAGAUGGAGCUGCAGCAGGCAGUGGAACACAUGGAGCAAUUAAAAACGCAGAGAGUGGAGCCUCCCCCAGAGAUCAAAGUGCUGGAAACGGACGGGGGACACGCCCUGCCCGCUCCCCCAGAGAACAGCCAAGCCCUGCCCCCUGGACACCUGCAGGACGCGCCCCACUCAUAGCCAAUCAGAGAUGCCCGCACCAGCAGAGCCACACCCCUGCCACAACCAGCAAACCAAUCAGAAGAGAAUAUUUAAUUGUGCCCUGUAUCCAGUCACAGCCUGUCGAUGUCAUGCUGGUCAGUGGGAGGGUUUGGAGACCCCAGCAUAUCUCUGGGAACAGGGUGGGGGUCUAUGACCAGUUUACACAGAGUCACUGAACCAGUGGGGGUCUAUGACCAGUUUAUAGUCAUGAAACCAGUGGGAGUCUCAGUGGCCGUUUCACACAGUCCAAAAAAAAUAAAAAAAUAAAAAUAAAACUCAGUUGUCUCAGAUGCUGGCACCUGAAAAUAUAAAUUUUUAAUUAUAUUUUUUAUUUCAUUUUUAAGAAUGUAGUGGUUUUAAUGUGAGAAUGCUGGCAGAGGAUAUGCAGUGACUGUACUGAAAGUAAACAUGGUUUGCGUUGAUUUAGUGUAAUAAUGGUUUCCUGAAUGAAUUAUGCUGUAUAUGACGUGGUGGAGUGAAGCUACCUGUGUGUUGCUGUAAAUGACAGUGCGUCAACAGUGUGUCAACAGUGUGUCAACUGUUUUUGUCCAUAAUUUGAGUUGAUGACAGAUUUUUUUUUUAAGGGGGCAGGGG